UCUCUCGAGAGGGGAGGGCGCUCUCUGCGGCUGCCUGCAUUGCUCUCCCGUUUUUUAGCCUUCCAGUGCCAACAAGCAAGCAAGAGAGAAAGAGUUGCGUUCGUCGCGAGAGAGCAGAGCUGCGCGCGAGUAGAAAGACGGAAAUAAUAAUAUUCGGUCGGCGGCGGGCCUGAGACUGCCGAAAUGGUGAUCGGCCGCCGACUCCGAAUCGGCGCCGACGCGGAUCGGUAACUAGAGACGGACACGGAGCGCGAGGGCAGGACGAGAUAGACAGGUGUGUGUCAUGCGUCCGGACUAGCGAAGAAGGAGGAGGUGUCCAUCCACCUGUCGAGAAGAUGUACAGGUCGUCCGAGUGCAGAAAGUUCUCGCCGAACAUCUUCAACAAGAGCAAGUGCGCGAAUUGCUUCAAGCAGCGCGAGGAGCACAGCGCCGAAGCCUUGGAGUCGAACAGGGCGAGCAGGAAAGUUUCCAAGUGCGGUUAUUUGUUUGUGGCGCCUGGAUGGGAUUUCUCCGACCCGAUCAACAGAACCAAGAGGUGGCAGCGCAGGUGGUUUGUCCUCUACAACGACGGCGAGUUUACUUAUUCUGUGGACGAACAUCCGGAAACGGUCCCGCAAUGUAUCAUCGACAUGAAUUGCGUUCUGGAGGUCACCCCGGCCGAGGACAUCACGGGGCACCCACACAGUAUCGCCCUCACAACGCCAGAGGGUGUCCACUUUGUCAAAGGGAUGGGUCGGGAGGAGUCGCGUUUGUGGUGCGAUGUCCUUUCCGUCUUCAUCCGGUCAAAGCCCCGUCACAAGAGGAACGCCACUUUCCCCUGUGGCAAGUCGACCACAAUGAUCCACCAGCCACCGCGCAUUGUGUCCGUCACGGAGAAGUCUCGCAUGGCCGCCAGACCUCGCUUCAAUAGCUGCCAUACAGAUAUCGGAUGCCGAGUGUCUGAGAGCGCUGAAACCUCAAUACCUUCAUUCAACUCCGAAGUCUUCACACCACAACCUACUUUGCUCACUCCAGAUUACGAGGAUCAGCCUGCGUCUUCUGAUAGUCCUCCAACUAGAGAUAAGUUGCAAACAGAGUGUAAAACACGCUACCGUCGAGCUAUGGCCAGAGAAAAGCGGGCUUGGAAGACUGAGCUUGCCAAGUCAUCGCUCAAGGAAGACGAUUCACCCGCCGCUCACACAGCAAGACACCUGUUGCUGGACGAUGAAACGAGACGAGGUGAGAAGCUGAAAGACAUCGCAGACUGCAUCACAUGGCCGAGAAGGCCAACCAGUUUGCAGAUCACGCCCAAGACCAGUGUGAUAGAACCGACUAGAGACAAUCAUAACAUGGUUACCAAAGAGAACCUGGGCAUCCUCAACACUUCUUUCGCAUCAGAUACUGCGGUUCGCAGUGAGCCGGACGGGCUAGACUACUCAGUGAGCAGCUAUGCAUCACCAAAUUCUGCAAACUCGUCUGCAGAAUUACGGGUGGAGCUGCCUGCGGAAGAUUUGUUGCACCUCAAGAAAGGCUGGCUCAUGCAACAAGGACCCGACAAAGGUUGGGGGAAGCACUGGUUUGUUCUUCGAGGAUCUGCUUUAAUGUACUACCGAGAUCCCAGUACCGAAGACAAUGGCAUACUCGAUGGAGUUAUUGACCUGGGCAUGGUUCGAAGUGUGACUGAAGUUCAGGAAGCAAGAAAUUAUGGCUUCAAAAUAGUUCUUUGGGAUGAUAAAGAAGUUGUUCUCUCUGCACUGACGGCCAAUAUACGCGCCAACUGGCUCCAAGCUCUUCGACGAGCUGCUGGGCUUCCUUUAUCAAACGCUUCCAUUCUAAGUCCAACCAAUUCUGAAUUCAGAACACCAACUGGAGAGGAACCACCAACACUGCUGCAGCAGCCAAAUCCAAGAGUUGUUCUUGGAUCAAAUCUUGAACGGCAGCUGGAAUCGUCAAGCAGUUCCAUCUUGUUAUGCCCAGUGCCAAAAUCGCGUCUCUCAGAGUCGAGUUUGCUGUCCUCCGACGAGGAGUACAGAACUGCGUCUUCAGAGACUUCUGCUGAAGUAAUCAGUUUGUGGGCUGACCCUGAAGACGAAAAUGUAGCCAUUCCCUUUCCAUCUUCGUCACCUCCUCUUAACAGAACACCAAUAUCCAAGGUUAAAGAAAGAGCAAGGAACCGAGUGGCACGACGCUCAAGAACCUCACCCCCACUGCUGGGAUCCAGAGUACAACUACGAAGGAGAACUCUUCCCCUCGAGUCAUCUAAUAUUUAUGAUAACCGUGACCUCUCACCAAACGCUCCAAUGUCAGAUUCUCCGUCUUUGAUGAGUCCAAUUUCUCCCAUUUCACCUAGUUUUUCCAGCUACAAAUCAAAAUCUCACCAAAAUGACAAUAUUUUUGAAACCAGAUUAAAGGCUCUUGAGAGUCAGCUCAAAGACACCAUGACUUUGCUUGACACCAAGGAAAACGAAUUGAGACAGAAGACCAUUGAGCUUAACGACUUGCAGCACAUUUCUCAGAAAUACCAGAAGCUGCGACAAGAGCACCAGUCUUUGUGCAAAGAGUGGAGAGAAAGAAAGGUUUCAGAAGAGCGUUGGCGCCACAAUUGCCAGCAAUCACAAGCCAGCCUGGUGUCUGAAAGGCUGGAGCAUCAGUUGGCUCUGGAGAAGCUUGAAAUGGAGAGCAACAAAAAGGUUAAAAGACUGAAAGCAGAAAUCUCAUCUCUAAGGGAAGAGCUUGAGUGCGUCAAGCUCAAACUCCAGAGAGAGAUUGAAGAGAACGGACUGAAUGCAAAAAUGAGAGAAGUCAAGGCCAGUCCGACUUCAACACCGCCCAUGCGUAGGUGUUUUAGCCAAAGGUCUCUCAGAAAGGUCAACUCAAUCAGUGACCUUGCAUGCAGUACCAGUUUGACAGACUUGGGAGAGAUGGAAUUGUGGGACAGAGACAGGCUGCAAGAAGAAUACUCGGAAACAUUACGGAAGCUGCAGCUUGCUAUGAAUGAGAUCCAUGCAGCCAGAAAGGAGCUUAGAAAUUCACAGGCUGAGUGUGAUAAAUUGGAAAUACAAUGUGUUGCGAUUCGACAAGCAGCUCAACAACAAACUGAUGACGGUCAAUGCAGGGCAACGUUGCUUGCAAGAAGGGUUGAUGAUUUGACCAUGAAACUUUCGGCUGCUGAACGCCAGCUAAGGCAGCUGCCACCAAGCAUUGGAUCUCCUCAGCUCUCAAAGUUUUCUCGAGUUUCCGAAAAAAGGCGCUCGCUCUCUCUGAAAGGUCGAGACUCUAUGAGGGAAAAGUUCUCCGACCAGGACAAAGCUAGUCUGAUGCAGCAGAGAUCUGCUUCGACGGACCAAAUAUCAACAGCUGGUAUCGGGGAGGGUUCUCGAUAUGCUAAGAAGUUAGAAGCUCUGUGUCUGGAGAACAAAAUGAGCCCACGGUUACCACGUAAAAGCUCACGACGUAAAUCAGACUUGGGGCCUUUAUUACACAAUAAUCUACCACAGUCGCCACCUCCUCAAAAGACCAGAGCUCAUCGACGGAAAUCAUUAGACAACGCGUGUCUUGAACUGCUACUCAGGUUAAAAAUGAUCGGACCAAAGUUUCCCCACUUAGAAGAAAAUCCUCAACUCGAAGGUCUCCACAUGGUGGUGCCGGAACUGUUUGACUUGGAUGGAAGCCAAACACCAUCGUCUUCCACGGCGUCUACUUCCCAGAGCACCGAAAAUAUUUCCAAGGAAUCAAUGCUGGCGUCUCAGAAAUUGGUGAAUCAGUUCUGGGACAUCAUUGCAAAGCGUCCAGAACUGAAUGUGACUUUGGAGGGGGUCGAGGGACUUGAAGAUAUGGAGGUUAAUCAUUUGCUGGAUCAGAAACUUCAGUUGCCCAGCCAGCCAAGCGAGAUUAUGCAAAUGGCCACUAUUGGAGCGUUCACGUCUUUGCUUCGGCAACGCUUGAUGACUGAAGCUGAGAAUAGCAGCGAGAAAAUGAUUAAUAUUUUCAAGAAUUUGAGGAUCAAUGAUGUUCAAAUAUCCGAUGUUGUUGAACUGAAAGAGAAGUUGGAAAAGGCAAAGGAUGCUUUUCUGAAUGAGUGGCAAUUCAUUGAUUCUCAACAUAAUGCAAAAGAAAGGCAGCUGCAGGAGGUACUUGUCAGACUCGAAGAACGUUUAGGAAUCGUUGGUGAAUAUUCCCAGCACAUGGCCAGUCUACGUGCCUCAUAUCAGCAUGGUUUGGAGGAAGGCGCCAAAGAUGGUGCGAACGGAGAUCAGAGGCACCAUAAACAAGUCCAACAGCUUUUAGAGCUCUGUGUGAAGGGCUUGGUUGCAAUGGAAAAAUCCCAUAAUGUGAUCAUUGCAGAGCUCAGAGAACAGCACGAACAGAAGAUUCUCACUUUGAAGCAGGAAAAGGAGCAAGCUCUGGCUGAAGAAACUCGCGCCACGCUUACAGCUCUCGAAGCAAUGAGAAAAGCGCAUGAAGCCGAAGUUCGAAAGGAGAAUGAAAAAUUCAAGACCCAGUACAUGGAAAAUAUGAAAUCAUUCAUAGACGUCAGACUCCUUAUGAAAGAAAAUGAGCCGGAGGUGAAGUUAAAGCAGAGUGACCCGUAUCAGGAAAGGUCUUCAUCAACGGUAAUUUACAAAGAGACUGUUCGACCAGAAGGCCAAACGACUGUAAAUUCGAGGCAUUAUCAAGAUGGCCAUCAUAUUACUACCUACGCCGAAAACAGAAACAAGCAACUACGGCAUGCGUUUUUAUCCGAAUCUCAAGAUUUGGCUGCAGAAACCCCAUGCAGCACAGUGUCAGAUUCGAAUCUCCUCCAGUCUCGAGCACUUAGUAGUCCUGUGAAGAAAGGAGCACCCGUGUCGGGGGACUCGGGGGUCACCCUGAGCAUGCAUGCCUCCAAAACCCCCCAUCCACAACACACUUUGAACCGAGCCCUUGACAAGCAUUUUUUGAGGGAAGCAUCAUUACAGGGCAUGGUUGCUCAACGAAAGAAGCUGUUUGAAAACUGAACGACUUAAUUCUUUACCCUGGUAAUGGGUUUUCCGCCGGUCCUCACCGUCCACUGCAGUAUUUUUUGUUUUAAAAUUAAGCUUUGAACAUGAUCAUUUACAGUGUUAAUUUUUUUAGUAGUUCUUAUUCGGCACUUGUUUAUUGUGCACUGCUAAAUGUUAUCCUGAACAGCUUGGAGCCCACCUAAUUUAUCAAGUCAACAUUUUAAUUAAAAUAUUAUAGCGUAUAACAGCACAUUUUUUUUAAAUAAAAAUUGCUCAUUGAUUGUUAAUCGAUUUUAUAAUUUAAGGACUUGCUCACAUUUUGUAACAUUAGAAAAAUAUAUAAAUUACAAGUAGCAAUUACACAGUAUAUCAAUUAAAUAUUAAUCAACAUUAAGAUAAUACUGUAAUCGGGUUCAUUAACCAUUCUUGUCGUGCCCAAACGGGUAUAUAAUAAUUAAGAGAGGCACAGUAAUAAAUAGAACUUGUAAGAAUUAUAUUGUUGAAACAAAGUGUAGAAAACUGCUCAUUGUAAGUAAUGUGCAAAAUUAUUGUAUCAAAAUUUUGUCAACUACAUAUGAUUGUGAGACUUGAUCCGAACAUUUAAGCACAGAAUCAAAGAUCUAUAGGGUUACCAGGUGAUUUUUGCAAUGCUUAUUCCAAAAAUACAUUGCUUUUUAUUACAAUUAUGAGGUAAAAAAUUCCUCUAGGCAAAAAGGUUUCAAAAAGGAAAUUGGAAAAAUUAUUGUUGAAACUUUAGACCCAUAUUUUCAUAGGUAAAUUUAUUCUAUGGCUAUCACUUACUUAAUAUUCGACCAAUUUUAACCAUUAAAAUUAUAAACGGUGGUACUAUGAAAAAUAAAAAUUAAUAUUUGUUGAGAA